AUGCCUGGCUACAAGCGCGGUCGUUCCGACAGCCCCAGCGCCCAGACGGCUCCCAAGAAGACGCUCCCCGCCGAGUCUGUCAACGGACACGCCGACGGACAGGUCAACGGACACGAGCAGGAGCAGCCCGCCACUACCACCACCAAGCCCGUCCCCGCCUGCGACCCCUUCAUUGCCAUGUCCCCCGAAGACAUGGUCGCGCAGCUCACGCAGGCGGACAAGGUCGCCUUCCUCCAGCAAUCGGCGCAGCGCGAGGCCACCGUCCGCUACGCCCACCUCGUGCGCGAGGGCGGCCUGCUUACCCGCCACCACCUCGAGUUCCUCGUCAAGGAGCGCGGCGGCGCGUACACGCUCCCCGACACGCCCCACCUGCUCGCGGAGCCUGUCAAGACCGAGCUGGACAAGUGGCUCGACGAGGUCAAGGCCGCGAUCAUCAAGCACCUCAACAAGGACCUCAACAAGGACAACGACAACGACAUGGACGAGGAUGAAGACGACGGCGAGGACGAGCAAAAGGGCGGCGACGAGGGCGGAGACAAUGACCACAAGGGCGCUGCGGCUACUGCUGCCGCUACCGCUGCUACCGACGUUUCCCUUGCUACCGCCGCUGCGGCUGCCGCUGCGACUCUCGUUCUCGCCGAGGACGGCGGCAAGUAA